CCUCGAGUUGAGAACCCAUCGCAAAAAAGGCUGCACUGUGUAGAAAUAAAUUUGUUAAUGGAUUUAUUCCGGCCCCAAGAGCGCGGCAGUACCACUUCAGCGAGCUAGGCGACGGGACCCAACCAGGAACUCCAACCGGGGAGAACAACCGCCAAAAAGGAGGCCUUCGAAACGAGGAAAAAUGCAUUGCGAACUACGGACCACAACAACAACAACUGCUGCUGACAUGUGCAACGUAGCACGGAAAAGGGGGAUUUUCUGGGACUACUUGCGGGCAAGUGGUACAAGGACUUGGACGCCCCUGCUCCUGGUCCUCAUCCUCAUCGUCAGUUCGAGAGCUGCUGAACCUCUUAAGGUUAUAUACGCCGUGAACGCUGGCGGAGAUGAGCACACCGAUUUGAAUGGCGUCCAAUACGAUGCGGAUCCCCUGAAAGGCAUUGGGAUCGCCUCGGACUACGGCAAACACCUGCUGAUGAUCGGCCGGGUUCAGGAACAUGACGAGGUGCUCUACAGGACCGAGCGCUAUCACACCACCACUUUCGGAUACGAUUUACCCAGCGACGGCGAUGGAGAUUACGCCUUGAUCAUGAAGUUCUGCGAGGUUUACUUCGAUGCGCCACAGAAGAAGGUCUUCGAUGUGCUCCUCAACCGAAAGCACACGGUGGUCCGUCAGCUGGACAUCUACAACCAGGUGGGCAGGGGUUCCGCCCACGACGAGAUCGUGUACUUCAAGAUCAACAAUGGUCGACUGAACUACGAGGGCGAGGUGUCCGAUGUGCGAAACGGCCGGCUGCGACUGGACUUCAUCAAGGGCGCACUGGAUAAUCCCAAAAUCAAUGCCUUUGCCCUGCUCAAAGGAGAUGUCUCCCAGUUGCCGCGACUGCAUGGCACCGAGGCGAGUGAAAGGAUCAAGGCCGAGGGCAAGCCGAUUGCGGAACAGAAGACUGCUAGUCAGGCGGAGAGGGUAGUGCGCAACCAGCGCGAGGAUAUCGACGAGGAUGACGAGGAUCUGGACGACGAGGAGUUCGAGGAGGAGCUGCCCGAACAGAAAAACGACCAGCUGGGCCCUGAUCAGCCAUCCCAGCAAUCCGCGGACUCCAAGCGAUCUUAUAGCGGCCCCCGUCAACCGAACCCGUACUCCAUGGACGACUCCUCGAUCCUACUGCCCGUUUUCAUCGCCAUCGGGGCCUUUAUACCGCUGCUGUUCUGCCUCUGCAAGCUGUGAUCCCCAUCCGUUUGCGUUAAUUUCCUGCUUUGUGAUUUUGUGAUUUUGAUAAAAGACUUAAUUGUAUACUUAUCGUUUAGUUCGUACGUUAGGCAUACCCUAGAGAUCGGCUCCCUCGAUCCCAAGACGCACAGCUCUCUAUCGCCCUGUACUUUCCAUAUUUGAUAAGCAAUGUUUUGUGUUCCUUUCGUUGACCACUGCCGUCGAAGGCUCGGGUACUUAAUCGUUGAUUCACUUGAUUUAUAUUCCCGGAUUGUUUGAUCGCUCGGCUCGGGGGUGUGCGCACAAAUUUUAGGCGGUUUUUGGGACAGUUUUGCUUGGAGACUGUUAAUUUUGAAUGAAAUUGAAUAAAAUAAACCUUGUUUGUUAUCGAA